CUCAGUCUCAACUCUCAAAGAAAGAAGCCCUAAGAAGAUUUUAAGAGAAAGAUGGAUCGCAGAAGAGCGUUUGCCGUUCUAUUAAUUUGCAUUGUGGUAGCUGGUGUUGGCGCCCAAGCUCCGGGGGCUGCGCCCACUAAAGCUCCACCGGCAGCGGCUACGCCUGCCACUUCUCCAGUGAGUAAACCUAAAACCCCAGCUCCAACCGCUGCUCCUACUACUUCUCCACCAACUUCUUCACCACCUGCUUCUUCACCACCGGCUGCGGCUCCGGAGAAGUCUGCUGCGGCUCCAGCUCCAUCUAAAUCUGCUCCGGCUUCUUCACCGCCGGCUGCUACACCAGAAAGUUCUCCUCCGGCUCCAGUCCCCGUGAUCUCUCCUCCAGCCAAAUCUCCACCCGCUGCUGCACCGAAAACUCCUCCGGAGAGCUCCGCCUCUCCCCCUGCUGCGGUACCAACCACUGCUGAGGUUCCCGCAUCAGCUCCAAGCAAGAGUAAGAGCAAGAAGAAGUCUAAGAAACACAAUGCUCCCGCUCCUUCACCUGAUCUACUUGGACCUCCAGCUCCACCUACCGGAGCUCCCGGACCUAGCCUCGACGCAUCCUCUCCAGGCCCUUCCGUCGCUGCGGAUGAGAGUGGAGCAGAGACAAUCAAGAGCGUGCAGAAGAUAAUAGGAGGAUUGGCGUUGGGAUGGGCAGCCAUUGCUUUGAUCUUCUAGAGAGUGAGAGAUUUAGCUUUGGUUGCUGCUUUAUUCUAUUUUAUUAAUUUAUUUCUGAACCCUCACAUGUGAUAUUAUUGUAUUCAUUUUACUCGCUGGUGUGGUUUUACUCUGCCACAUUUGCUUUGUAAUUCUUUGGGGAAAGUUUGAGUUCCUUGUUUUCCUCUUC